CAUGCGCAUUCUUCUCCGGCCCUGUCCCCUCGCAGCCCAUGUCUUCGCGUCACCUCUCGAGCUAUAAAAACUCCAGUCUUGUGCGUGUGCAGCUAACUGAAAGCGCCGUCUCCACAAGUCAGAGCUCGAUCAUACUCAUAAGCUAGCAGCUAGCUAGUCAAGUCAGGGCUAUAAUUCCGACGGACGGCGAUGGCCGGCGCGGGAGUGACGACGACGGGGUCGCCAUGCGGGGCGUGCAAGUUCCUGCGGCGCAGGUGCGCGGCGGAGUGCGUGUUCGCGCCCUACUUCUGCGCGGAGGACGGCGCGUCGCAGUUCGCGGCCAUCCACAAGGUGUUCGGCGCCAGCAACGCGGCCAAGCUGCUGCAGCAGGUGGCCCCCGGGGACCGGAGCGAGGCGGCCGCCACGGUGACCUACGAGGCGCAGGCCCGGCUGCGCGAUCCCGUCUACGGCUGCGUCGCCCACAUCUUCGCGCUGCAGCAGCAGGUGGCGGCGCUGCAGGCGCAGGUGGCGCACGCCAGGACGCAGGCGCAGCUGGGGGCGGCGGCGACGGCCAUGCACCCGCUGCUGCAGCAGCAGGCGUGGCAGCAGGCGGCCGCCGCGGAGCACGACCACCACUCCAUCACGUCCACGCAGAGCAGCUCCGGCUGCUACAGCGGCGCCCACCAGCGCUCCGACGGGUCAUCGCUGCACGGCGCCGAGAUGUACGCAUGCGGCUACGGCGAGCAGGAGGAAGGCAGCUACUAACCCCGAGCCCGGCCGGAUGGUUCGCUGGUUCCCCGUUCGGUCCCCUCAGAAAGCUGAGAGAUCAGAGCCUUUUGCAACGCGCGUUUGCUCGAGCUGGUUCAUCUCUUGCCGGACUCUCGGCUGUAAAGGGAUCCAUCCAUCUUGUCUUGUUUGGGACUAAGAGUUAAAGACGAACCCAUGCAUGAUUUCCAA